AUGGAUGCAUUUAGAGCAUUUGAAAAUGAGUCGCUCUUGCCCAGUUCCUCUGGUCCUGCCAGCUGGGAUCCCUUCCGUCGUCCCUUGGACUCCAUCCAGCCCUGGCACUUCAGGCUUCUGGCAGCAGUAAUGUUGGUGGUGACCUCCCUGUCGCUUGCUGAGAACCUGGCUGUAAUCCUGGUAACUUUUAAGUUCAAGCAAUUGAGACAACCUGUCAAUUAUGUUGUAGUCAAUUUGUCUGUGGCUGAUUUCCUGGUCUCACUGACUGGUGGCACCAUCAGCUUUCUAACAAAUCUAAAAGGUUAUUUUUAUAUGGGAUACUGGGCUUGUGUACUGGAAGGAUUUGCUGUCACAUUUUUUGGAGUCAAAGAGGACAAAGAGACAGAUUUUUUCAGAAGAGCAGACAAAGCCCUGAGCAAGUACUCAGGAACUUAUGCUGACCAUGCAUACAUUAUUGUGUUCUUCACCACCUGUUUUAUAGUGCCUUUAUUAGUGAUUUUGGUAUCCUACGGAAAACUGGUGCAGAAGCUAAAAAAGGUGUCAGAAACACAAGGCAGGCUCAGAACUACCAGGAGACCUGAAAGACAAGUGACCAGAAUGGUGGUUGUUAUGAUCAUUGCUUUUCUGAUCUGCUGGAUGCCAUACGCCGCCUUUUCCAUCCUCGUCACUGCAGACCCCUCCAUUGAGCUGGAUCCUUGUCUGGCAGCAAUCCCAGCUUUCUUUUCCAAAACAGCUACUGUUUAUAAUCCAAUUAUUUAUGUCUUUAUGAACAAACAGUUCAGGAGGUGUCUGAUUCAAAUGUUCAGGUGCAAUGCCACAGGAAUUGCAGAGUCCAACGUGAACCCAACUUCAGAGAGAGCAGUGCUAACCCAGGACAGGGGAGGCAGUGAGAUGUCCACCAUGGCAGUUCGUAGCACCGCUUCUGAAAGGAAAAUUGGAGAUGAACAUGGAAAUUGCCAAUCCUUUGCUCAGUUGGCAUCUUCAGGAAACAAAAUUUGUCCCACGUAGAGUGGAGGAUGUGAUCAUUAAUGCAGUGCUACAGUGUAUUUCAGUGUUACAGUCAUCUACUAUAAAAAUGUGUUGUCAUUGGGGACAUUAUACUCCUGUGGGCACCGGAGGUUCCAGCUCCUUCGUGCACGUAGGAGCUCCUGGCUCUGCAGGUGCAAAUGCCCAGCCAGAAGGUGAGUCCUUUCCUCCUCUGUGUUCCCCUUUCCAAUCCACAGCAGGCAAUGGCACCACACUGCUGUUCUCCUGUGAGGAGCAGUUGUGUCUCUGUCUCUCCUGCCCUUAAAUUCCUUUUAAUUGAGUUAUUGAUCCUGGCACAAAUUACUGACUCCUCUGCUUUCAGAAACAAGGAGUACAACAUAAGUACACUUUCUGUAAACAGUGAAGAAGAAUGGAAAUUGCCAUCUUUCCAUCUCAGGUUAAUUCACACAGUGCUGUGCAGCAAUAUACUUGGCUUUAGUGGAACGUCACUUGC